CCAUUUUGGCCGGUACAGCAGCCUUAGAAUUGAAUAUCGCAUGAUGCGCAUUCCUAUUACCAAUUCCUCACGAUGAUAGCGACCUCCGAUCCUUCUACAGUGCCCACCACGAACGCGCUCCGAGCCGAGCUCAACUUGCUUGCACCAACAGUCCAUACUCUACGGUUCCUUCGUUCAAUACUCGGACUGGAAGAUCAAGACCCUGUUUCAACCACAAAAUGCAAAACGAAGAGGGCCCCCACGGCGACCAGGCCUACCAAACAUCAAGUCCCCACCAAUGGCAAAACAAAAGCCUCCCGCAGAGCUGCUCCGGGCUUGCAUAUACAUGAGGCAGUCAGCAAAGAGAGACCAUUGUUGUCCCAGGUCGAACGACGCCAAAUCGCCGCUGAGACUUUCAACGCUACCCUCAAACAGCUGAGCGAUGCCGCUAAGGCCGAGAAAAGCGCAGCAAAGUCGCACGCAGCCGGCACCACACCUGCGAAGCCCUCUCCCGCCGCACAGCCGCUCCAGGAACGAUCGCCAAAUAAAGAGACGCGACAGAAUGGUGUAGAUCCCAAAGGAAAGUUCGUUCACACAGAAGAAGCAGACUGGGAGGUGGUGGUGGGGUGUGCCCAGUCUGCAUUACAGUUUCUUCGCAAACGCCAGAAUGCGGAAGAAAAUGCAAAUCAAGACUCGUUGGAAGAUACUGAGGGCGCUGCGUUGUUGCUGCUAGACAGGACCAUCACCUUGGGCCUCCUAAAACAGGCGGAACUCCAGCUGGCCGACAUACAUCGACAGUACUGGGGAGGUGCAAGCAAAGACUUGCCACCGGAGAUGACCCUGGCAAGAUCUCUACUGGGUCGGCCGAAUGCAGCAAGUCAACUGUCCAGGUUUCGCUUCACGACCUCUAUGCAAAGCCAGGGUCUGCGUCUCGCCAUGUUGGCUGGCGCCAGGUGCAUAAGUAUGGACUUCCUCAAAUCUCUGCAAUUGAAGACGGUCGGAAGUCCAGCCUGGAUUACUCUACAGGGCCUUAACGAAGGUCGACAUAACUCUGAAGCUGCGGGUAUGCAGCUGCGUACUAUUUCCCUUGCCUUGUCGAAGCUGUAUUCAACUGCGACCAAAUCACCUACUGAGGCAACCUCUUCCAUCUGCCUCUUCGAGCUCUUCUGUACCGCUCUGGAGAUCAAAUUUGAAUCAUGGAGACAUCUAUGCCACACGGUUGAUCCAGGAGUAGAAGUCUGGCGCCUGUUUCAGGGUGCUGUAAAGAGGCUAUUUUCAAGUGCAAAAGACGUCCAUGCCUCUCUGGCACACGCCCUGCGGUAUCUAUGCUUGUUUCAGAAAUGUCUGAAGAAUACAAAUAUCGAGAGCUCUAUUCCCUCUACAAUAGUCGACAUAUUUUCACAAGUCACUCAAGAGACCGCAGCCAGCACAGAACUUCUCGCCCUGCUGGAAGAGCAACUGCUCACCGUGGACAAAGUCGAUCGCCUUGUCUUGGACUGCCAGAUAGCACAGUGGAAGUUGAAAGCAUAUUCCGGAGCAGUCAAAGCCGCAGUCGACUCCGCUCAAAGAGCGACUGAUACAUUCAAGAAGGCCCUCGACCUGUCCCAAGCGGACUUCGAACGGGUCUUACUGCACGCUGCUCAUCUACGUAAAACAGCGGUCGGAGUGGUGAUGGCCAUUGAGAAAGCUGGCGCCCGAGAUGGGAAGUCAGACCAGCUGCAGAAUACUGUCCUAAACCUAUUGUACACUUCGUGUUGGUUCUUCUGCAGUCAGAUACAACCGAAGGGAUCCGGAGUUACUGACGGGUCGGGAUCAUCGGGAAUCGUUUCUACGCUACUCAAGAAUGUCGAAGCAAUCUUGACCGUGGAAAAGUGCGCUGCGGCAUAUACAUCGACAUUGGCGUUCGAGGCUCUGGAAAAUUGUGCGACAAUACUCGAAUCUCUCGAGGCCGGCUCUUCUCCCAUCACUGCCGAUGUCUCACUGAGAUCGACCGUGGACCACCUGCGUGUGCGUCUUUCUAAUGCUUUCUGGUCAAGGUAUCUAGAAGCAGUCAAACAGAAGAACCUCCAUGAGCAAAUACAGGCCCUGCAAUUGUCUCUGCGCGGCCUGUCCGGAUUAUCACUCGCCCACCAAAAGGCAGCCUACCUUGCUCUAAAGAAUGAGAGACUAGCAGCAUGUUACGUGGAAUCGAAUGAGCUUGCACGGGCGAGAUUGGCGUUACAAAACGCCCUCGACUUCAACAUCAAAGAAGGUGCUCUCAGCGAUACCGUGGAACUUGCUCUGGCAGGCUCUUUGGAACGAGCCUGGUCGGGUCCAGACACAAAGGCUCUAGCCAGAAAUCUCACUGCCUAUGUUCGACUCUCCCUUCAACUAUCGGCUUGUGAAAAUGACAGCCUUUUCUAUGAUCACCAAUCACUUCCUGUUAUUCAUCGCGCAAUCCUGCUGGAAAAACAGAUAUAUGUAAUGGUGGACAAAGACUUGGGCGAGCGUCAGUUCAGGUCUUGUGUCUUACAGAUCAACCUCGUCCUGGAGCUCCUUCGCCGGGAGGAGUGCCAAGUUUACAGACUGAGACUCAGCAAUAACCUUUUUCACUGUGCACUAAAGAGACAAUUUCCACUGUCGAGGUGCUUGAUAGAUUCUGCGACUGUGGAGAAGCUUUUGCACAGUCACAUAAAUCCGAACGGAACCGUCUUUCUACGGGCAUAUGAGUCGGGGCUACGCUCUAUGCUCAAAAUGCAACACGGGUUCUUCACCAGCGAGAUAAGCAGCGAAGACCUGGAACAAUCCGUCCAGCAUGUCUCCCAGAUUGUUCGCCAUUGCAAAACCAUGGAUGAUGUGAGCAAUGCGCUAGACAACCUAGAAGCGGUAAUGAUGUCUCUACGACUUUCAGUCGACCGUGCGGGCAUCUUUGAGAAUCAUGGGCUUAGGCUUAUGGCUCUAGAAACCUUGAUCCAUAUGCUGGGACUUGGCAACCGAAUCCAGGAGCCUUCUAAGACGAGCGUACUCCUUCAAUUAGGAGAGCUCUAUAACACCCUGCAGGAUCUAGAAACUGCCGGAAAAACUUUCAGGCGAGUCGAGACAGCAAUGUCAUCUUGUACAGCUGACAGCCUGUUCGCUGCAGAAUUUGCGUUGGCAUAUGCGCAGCACUACUUCGACUCUGGAGACGUUGAACAGUGCUUCCAAUGCCUUGAUCGUGCUCACAUCGCGUGGGACGGCCGGCAAAGCUCGAUGACUUCUGGUAGCAUGCGUCUACGAGAACAAACGAUCCUCUGUCGCGCAGCCAUGGUCGCCUCCCGAUUGGCACACAGUCGGGGACAGCUCUUGGAAGCCACAACAAACGGCAGGCAGGCAGUAAAGAUUGCCGCAGCUAUCUGGAUGUCGAUCGAAAAGUUGUGGGAAGCUCACGACACUGUACAAAGAGAGGACUCCAACGACUCACAACUGCACAACCUGACAGUCGAUCUCUCCAAGCUCGACCUGUCUCUGCAGCACUCACCACAGCUGACUGUUCACGCAGCCCGACUCUGGCCACAAGUCAUGUUGUACAUUGAUGCCUUCAGAAACUUGGCUUAUCUUACCGCGCAUAGUGGCCUUUACCAGGAUGCUAUUUAUUUCUACGAGCAAGCCCUGAAAGUCGCCACGAAGACCAUGCAAUCCUCUCUUACUCGGCUGAUCUCCAGCGAGCUUGCUCUGGUGCAUGCUCGUGCCAGUCAACCUGACAAAGCAUCAACGACAGUUGAGCAUAUGCUGCCGGUCUCAAAUACCCACGACACUUCGGUGGUCCAAGCCCUCACUGCGAUCAACCAGAGUGAGGCGCACUUACUUCUGGGAGACGUUUCCUUGUGCCGCCAAUAUUUCCUUGAGGCAACCCGACUCCUACCGACAAGAAAAACACCUCAGAAGCAGAUCGAGGAUCAUCCGAAGGGCAAAGCUAAAGGUCUGAAAGCGCCUUCAAGGGCGUCUGUGACAAAGUCGUCGGCUCGACCGAAAGGGAGAAGUACUGUUGUGCUCGAGGCACCAUCGCCAAACCCAUUGUCAGCCUCGGCUCGUUCUCAGCUUGCCAAGGAGGCAGAAGAGCAGCUCUCUGCUUUACGAAUCAAGUUGAAUUUGGCGGAGGGUUCUUCAGACGUGACCCUCCAUGAUGAGGCCCCUGCAAGAUCAGAUGGCAAGGAAUCUUUGCGCAAUGCGACAAUGAAGGCUCUGAGCUUGGUCCGGCAAGCGUUGAAGAUGUUGUCCGAGGAUGCAGGUACGAAUGUGCUUGCAGAGACCGCGAUGGCUCUGCCUGUAAGAUAUAAGUCUGCCAGGAGAAGUGGCAGGGUCUCGUUUGUACAAAGUGCUGCAUCACCAAGCUUGGUCAAGAACACGAUACGAAGUCCGAAAGGGGACAACAGCCGAACUGGGCAGCGACCUGUUCAAGAUGGAAAGCAACUGCUUGUCGCUGCUUAUGAGAUUCUUCUGCGGUUGAAAGACUCCGCAAAGGCUGAAUUGUCCUCCGAUAUGGUCCACACCACUCACAAGAUUUGGACCCAGAUAAGUCUGCUUUCGACAGUUCUGGACCACUCCUUCGUCAAUUCAUCACUGGACCUUGUUCUAGAUACACUAAGUCCCAUGGAUGUGGUGAGAAUGCGAGAGCGCACAGUCAUGAGGAGCGAGAUGUCGACCACAGAGAAGGCUUUUGUUCAAAGCUGGCCAAGAUUGGGAACCUUUGAUGGUUCCCAUACCCUGACAGCCGUGCAAGACAUCGUAGACUUUGACAUGAGUCUACUUCCGGCUUCCUGGACCAUUGUUUCACUGGGCUUAAGCGAAGACAGGACUGAGCUUCUGGUGUCACGAAUCUACGCUGACCGGUCACCCUUUAUGCUCAGGAUUCCUCUAACAAGGCCCGACAUGUCCGACGGAGAUAACGAAGCGCUAGAUUUCGACAGCGCAAAGGCAGAGAUGCAACAGAUAAUCUCAAAGGCGAAUUCUUCUGCUCAUGACCCUCGUGGAAGCUCACCUGACAAGGCGAUGAGGAAGGCUUGGUAUGCUGAGCGACAAGAGCUUGACCGACAGCUGGCCACACUCCUGGACAAUAUCGAGAAUGUGUGGUUUGGUGGAUUCCGUGGAUUGCUCUCGGCUUCUGACGUUGGCGAGAAGAUGCUGUGCAAGUUCAGUCAGAGUUUCUCGCAGACACUGAGUCGACAUCUCCCUUCCCGGCAAAAGCCGCCGAAGCAAGCAAAGGCGAGAGUUGUGCUUCACAGCCACGUGCUGGAGCUCUUUGUGACGCUGGGCAAUCCACGAGAAGCAGACCUCGAAGAUUCAAUUACUGAUUUGCUGUACUUCGUUGUUGACAUUCUCCAGUUCAAUGGGGAGAAGAAUGCCUACGAUGAAAUCGACUUCGACGCAAUGCUAGUGGAGGUCUUGGAUGCGCUGCAUGGGUACCAUGAUGAGAAGGCAGAACGAGCAGAGCAGCCCAGACACACGAUUAUGGUCCUGGACAAAGCACUACAACUGUUCCCGUGGGAAUCAAUGUCAUGUCUGAAAAACUACGCAGUGUCGCGGAUGCCAUCACUUGGUACCAUCUGGGAACAGCUUCGCAAGAUGCAUGCGACAGAGAAUGAGCUCGAUGGCUACUGCAUUCCGAGUUCGGACGGCGCAUACAUUCUCAACCCUUCUUCUGAUCUGUUAUCGACACAGAAUACCUUUGGUAAAAUCUUCGUAGAUCAACUCAAAGGUUUCGAGGCGAUUGUCGACCGGCCUCCAAAAGAAAGCGAAUUUGAGACCAUCCUACGCGACAAGCCGUUAUUGCUUUAUUUUGGUCAUGGUGGAGGCGCCCAGUAUAUCCGGGGCCGGACCAUCCGCAAGUUGGAUAAGUGCGCAGUGACCAUGUUGAUGGGCUGCAGCAGUGCUAAGAUGACAGAAUGCGGAGUAUAUGAGCCAUAUGGGAUGCCUUGGAACUAUAUAAAUGGAGGCAGCCCAGCCGUCGUGGGAACAUUGUGGGAUGUGACGGAUCGUGACAUCGACCGAUUUGCCUUGGAAGUGAUGGCGGAUUGGGGCCUGAUCGAGGCUGACGGAGUGCCCGACUCGAAGCCUAAGUCAGGCAAGAAAAAGGCAGACAAAGACAGCCGGCCACAAAAGGGUCGCUGUAUCACGCAGCAACGGGGCCAAGUAUCUUUGGACCAGGCGGUUGCACAUGCUCGGGAAGCCUGCCUGUUGAAGUACUUGAACGGAGCAGCGCCUGUCAUGUAUGGGGUUCCGGUGUUCUUAGCAUGAGUGAUUUGGAUGGAUUCUUAUU